ACACUCUUUUAUAAUCCUUACUCCUGAUGCUCCUAGACAUAGGACUUGACUUCGGAUUUUAGGACUUAAAACACACAUAUAUACUCUUUAACAAAACUUGGGUUGAGUUGUUCCCUCUUCAAAGAAAAUCAGCCAUGGAUCUCACAAGUCCAAGAUACUUUCAUGCUCCUUCAUCUACAUUUUCUAGUGCCACUGGGGAACCGCCAUUGGAGGCCAAUGCAAGCUUUUAUGGGAAAACCAAGAACAACCCUUUUGCAGAAACUUUCCCGGACCCACUUUGCAAGCUUAAUCUUAAAGAGACCUCUGAGUUUGUCAAGUCCUUUCCCAUGCCACAUGGAGGCACGGAAAGCAACAGGGUUUUUCGUGAGAGUUCAACUCAGAGGAGAACGGAGGUAGGGGUCAACUCAGUGGUAACCCAGAGAAGAUUUGAAGCUCCUCCUACUCCAGGGAGACCUGUUUUUAGUUUCAGUGCUGGAAACCUUUCUAGAAAAGGUUUUCCUUCGAAGUGGGAUGAUGCAGAAAAAUGGCUCAUAAGCAGCUCUUGUCAUGAAUCCCCUGCUCAUACUAUAAAGCCCUCUGAGUCUGUUAGAAUAGCCAAGCCAAGUGACUCUAACUUUAAGCAACAAAUGGAGGUCUUUGCUGAUAAAUCAAGGGUCACGGAAGAAAAGGUCUCAAAAAAACAAUUCUCGAGCUUCCACUGCUCUGUUUCUUUAGAUAAUCAUAACUCUGUCAGAGCUUUCGAUGGGGUCUCAUGUUCAACUGAUAAUGUCUUUCUAAAAGACAAGUUCACGAACGAGAUAGAACCAGUAUUGCCCAAUUUCAGAACCUCAGAGUCAACCAAAGAAGGAUUCCUAUUCAAAAACUCAGCAUGCGAAACCAUGAAAGAUGCAGGCACAGAAAUGGUUCAACACAGAGAUGUUGGGACCGAAAUGACUCCCCUUGGCAGCUCAACGACUUCAAGGUGCCACACACCUUUCAAGAUUUCAUCCCCUGCGCGGCACAACACGCCAGCGAAUAGGUCUGGACCAUUGGGUUUGGAGCACUCUAACAGCAUCAGCAGCACCAUUGACAUUGCCCAGUUGCAGGAGUGCCAUUUAGCCAAGCUUCAACUUGGAACGCAUUAUGACUCGGUUACUUCCAAUUGGAGUUCUAGGCAAGAGGAGGAAGAGGAGAUAUCAAAGAGCCUUAGGCAUUUUGAGAUUGACAAUGUCAAUUGCUGCCAGAAAAAUGGUCCUGAAUCCAGAGCUGUUGCCUGGGAAGAGGAAGAGAAAACAAAAUGCUGCCUCAGUCUCAUUAGGUAUCAGAGAGAAGAAGCAAAGAUUCAAGCUUGGGUUAAUCUCCAAAGUGCAAAAGCAGAAGCUCAAUCAAGAAAGCUCGAGGUGAAGAUACAAAAAAUGAGAUCAAACUUGGAGGAGAAGUUGAUGAAGAGGAUGGCCGUUGUUCAUAGGAAAGCUGAGGAGUGGAGAGAAGCGGCCCGGCAGCAGCACUCGGAUCAAAUUGAGAAGGCGACAGUACAUGCACAGAAGACGGUGAUUCGCAAUAACUCUCACUUCUCUACUGCCACCUCUUGCGGCUGCUUUCCAUGCAAUAAUCACUUUCGCUAG